CGUUAUCAGGGAAGUCCAGCGGGAAGCGGAGGAAAGUUGGGGCAUCCGAGCCCAGGUUUCGUUGGCGGCCUUCGGAGCCCACAAAUGCCGCAUGGCACAGGAAUGUCAGGUGUUGGUCAAUCGCACCGUCCACAGAGCAACACAGGCUUGAUUUCGCGAAUCCUACCUCCGCGUGCUUGGGCCGCCGCCGUGCCCACGUUGCUCACGCAAGAGGCGUUCCAUUUCAUGAUCGCCGGAAUCUCAUCUUCGUCGACGUCAUCGUCGGCGGUCGGAGCCGAUGGUCAGCGAAGCAGUGGUGGCGAAGAUGAAGAAUCAGCAAGCGUUGUAGGACCUCUUGAGCGGUUUUUGGGCUGUAUGUUCUUGCACUCGACGCUUCGCCGGAAUCUGACUGACCACCAGUUCCGGGCCGCGUUUCUGAACGUGACCACGGACGCGUUCCCGAUCUCGUUUAAAACGUCGAAUGGGGAGCUGCAGAUGAGUUUCUUUUUGAAUGCGGAAACUUGUCAGUCUGUGGCCCUGAAAGUGGCGACGGAACACCCAGAUCGAUGGCCGCAAGAAGAUACUAACGCAAUUGAACAAUUCUUCGAGAAGCGGGUUGCAACGCUACCGCCGAGACUGGUCAACAUACAGGCGAUGCUGCAAAUGCUGGCUUGUCCGACGCGUUUGUUGAAGGACAUGAUCAAGAUUAUGAAAUUAGACCUGUGUCCUCCACCUGCACCAACAUCAGGCAUGCCGUCCAUGAAUCUUCCGCGUUGGAGUGUGCACUGGUGCUUGACUAUUCCCAGCUCUGCUCCGCCGCUGACGACGCCUGGCAUUUGCGCCAUCAUUCCGAAUGCUCACAAACACUUAUUUUUCCUGCAAUUAACGCGCUUGCAACCGGGAGAAGGCCCUCCGUCGAUUGUCAUCCCGCUUUUAUACGAUAAUGCGAGGAAUGGACUUUCUAUGCCGGAGGCAAAGCAUACCGCAAUAGUAAGUGCUUCAGUUCAUCAAGUCCUGAAGAGAUUAUCGGACUUCGGAACCCAUCGCGAAGAGUGCACAUUGUAUCCGGCAGUAAAGGAGUUGAUGAUGACGCUGAUAGUUGGACCGGACGGGGUUCUCACCAUUCCGCAACCUACGCAGGGAGUUCCACAAAUGCAGAUGGCGCCCCAGCAAGGCAUGAUGGGAAAUCAACAGCCCGGAAUGAUGGGCUCUCAGCAAAUGAUUCCGAAUCAACAGCAAAUGAUGCCGAAUGCGCAGUCUCAACAAAUGAUGGCCAACCAACAACAGCAACAAAUGAUGCAAAACCCCCAACAGCAAAUGAUGCCCGGAAAUCAGCAACAGAUGUUGCCCAAUGCCCAGCAACCCAUGAUGCCUGGGAACCAGCAGCAAAUGAUGCCGAACCCGCAGCAACAAAUGAUGAACAACCCGCAGCAGCAGCAAAUGCAAAUGGGCGCACAAAUGCAAAUGGCUCCUCAACAGCACAUGAUGGGCAAUGUGCAGCAACAGCAACAACAAAUGAUGGGCAAUCCGCAGCAACAACAAAUGCAGAUGGGGGGUGGGCAGAUGCAAAUGGCUCCACAGAUGCAAAUGGGUGGUCAGAUGCCGAACCAGCAGUACCAACGGAUGAUGCAUCCGCGAAUGCCGCAGCCUUAAUAAUAUUUUAUAAAACACUGUUUUUAUCCGAUGUGUGUUCAUUUGUGUUGAUACUUGUAAGGGAAAGAAAAAUGCAGUAAGAUUAUUGGUUUUGUAAA